AUAUUGUCGGUAGUUAUACAUGCUAGGAACCAUUCUAAUUUUCGUAAUUCCUUUACAGAUAGUUCUAACACAUAAUACACAGUGACACCUAUGUUUAAAACCCUGAAAGUUAAAAAAGCAAAAGGUUGUAUUGCACAUGUGAAUACAUUGGAGAAUGUCCCUAAAGGAUGAUUUAAUUUUGCUACUAAAGCCAUAUUAUUUUGUUAAUAUUUUACUGAGUCUGUCAUAUCUUGCUGCUAAAAAACUUCCAUUUGUUUGCAGUAUUUUAUUUCCAACCGCAUCACCACAAUGUGAAUUAGACACUAGAGAGUCCGAAAUUCUGUUUUUCCUUCUGAUUGUUGUAGUGAUCAGAACAAAGAAAGCAGGAAGUGUGACAAUGAUAAAUUAUUUAACUUCAAGUUUCAUGUAUAAUAAAGUUGCAAAUCUCAUACUUUGGUUUUAUGCUGACAUACGGUUGGGAAUUGGAUAUGGAAUUCUCUUUAUAUUGUUUGGAAUGUUACUGCCAGAACCAACAUACUCCGGCCCAGAGAAUGUUGUGUAUUUCCGAACAGCUGCAGGAUUAGAAGAAGAACUAGAAAGGGAUAAAAGGAUCACUUGGCUUGUAGUGUUCUACACAGUGUGGAAUCCUUCCUGCACUAACUUCGCUCCUACAUUUGCAAAACUAUCGGCACAGUAUGUCCUAGACAACUUAAAAUUUGGAAAGAUUGACGUGGGUCGCUACCCUGAUGCUGCCAAGAAAUACAAUAUCAGUGAUUCAUCUAUGAGUCAUCAGCUACCAACAGUGAUUCUGUUCAAAGGUGGUAAAGAAGUAACCAGACGACCUGCUGCAGAUAACAGAGGGAAACUUAUCAAAUUCUUUUUUUCUGAGGAUAACAUGAAGGCAUCAUUUGAUCUAAAUCAUCUGUACAAUGAAUGUAAGGAUAAUCCAUUAAAGAAGAAAGGAGCUACUGAAAAGAAGACGGAAGUUGAGAAUACUCAUAUUAAAUCAGAAUAGAUGUAGAAAUGAAUAUUACACUAGUCUUAGUGAUCAUAAGUUGAGUGAAAUUAGAAUUCUGUGACAUAAGACACUUUAAAUGUUUACAUGUUACUCUCAGUGCCAUAGUGACCCACACCGUUAAACAUUCUGAUACCAGCUUUAUAUUAUUAUAAAAGCAUUUUAGUCUUGCAUUUUCUUGUUUGACCGAUGCAUCUGAGAGCAGUUUUCAAAUACUAUGUUUAAAUUAUACAGGUAUAAUCUUUAAAAAAAACAAUGAAAUAUUUAUUACAGCGUGCACGCAUUAGCUUGUUAAGACAUAAGAUUUAGUUUUAUACAUGCACAUCAACAGAUCUGUUUACGAUAUAUGCCACUCUCUUUCUGUGUUUUUCAGUUUCCAAAUUAUGAAUUUUAUGACUCCUCCUUAUCAGUGAACUGAUUAAUGUUUUAAAGAACUAUUAAAUGCAAGGCUGCAGAAAUUGCACAAAAGCUGUGACAGCACAAAAAGGCAAGUCAGAAUUCAAUUCCUGGUUAGGCUGAUGGGAUUUUUCUCUUCCCCAUAUACAAUAUGGCAGUGGUCCC